CGGCUCGCUCAGUUGGGAGGGCCCCAUGCUACUGAGCGGAGCUCCUCCUACGGGCUCCGGCCCCGGGCCGCGGGCGCAGGGCAGCGCGGGGGGCGGCCCCGGGGGAUCCCGCCGCGGGGCUGGGGGUGCGGGGACCGGCCCGGGAGGGGGCGGCAGCGGCGGAGUCGCAAAGUGGCUGCGGGAGCACCUAGGCUUUCGAGGGGGCGGCGGCGGAGGGGGCGCCAAGCCCGCCCCCCCAGAGCCCGACUACCGCCCCCCAGCGCCCUGUCCGGCCGCGCCCCCUGCGCCGCCCCCGGACAUCCUGGCCGCCUACAGGCUGCAGCGAGACCGCGACUUCGAGGACCCCUACUCUGGGGGCUCGUCCGUGUCCGCAGCCCUUUCCACCCCCUCCGCCCCUGGCCCUACUCCGCCCCCGCGCCACGGCUCACCCCCGCACCGCCUCAUUCGGGUCGAGACCCCGGGUCCCCCAGCGCCCCCUCCGGAAGAACGGAUCUCCGGACCCCCCGCCAGCAGCGACAGGUUGGCAAUCCUAGAGGAUUAUGCAGACCCAUUUGAUGUUCAGGAGACUGGAGAAGGCUCAGGAGGAACGUCAGGAGCUCCAGAGAAGGUCCCUGAGAAUGAUGGCUACAUGGAACCCUAUGAGGCCCAAAAGAUGAUGGCUGAGAUCCGGGGUUCUAAGGAGACGGCAGCUCAACCCCUACCUCUCUAUGACACACCCUAUGAGCCCGAAGAUGAGGGGGUCAGCCCAGAAGGUGAGGGGACUCCCUGGCUCAGGGAAUCCCGCCUGCCUGAGGAUGAUGAGAGGCCUCCGGAAGAGUAUGACCAGCCCUGGGAAUGGAAGAAGGAGCGCAUUUCCAAAGCUUUUGCUGUUGACAUAAAGGUCAUCAAAGACCUACCUUGGCCUCCGCCUGUGGGACAGCUGGACAGCAGCCCCUCCCUGCCUGACGGGGACAGGGACAUCUCCGGUCCAGCUUCACCCCUCCCUGAGCCCAGCCCGGAGGACAGCAGCGCUCAGUUUGAAGGAUCGGAGAACUGCGUGUCACCUGGCCGGGAGGAGAAGGGUCGGCUACCUCCCCGGCUCUCUGUUGGGAACCCCAAGUCAGCCAAGCCAUGCGUGGAACCCAGCAGCCCCCUGGGGGAAUGGACAGAUCCAGCGCUGCCUCUGGAAAACCAGGUCUGGUACCACGGGGCCAUCAGCCGAACAGACGCCGAGAACCUGCUCCGGCUGUGCAAAGAGGCCAGCUACCUGGUGCGAAACAGUGAGACCAGCAAGAAUGACUUUUCUCUCUCUCUCAAGAGCAGUCAGGGCUUCAUGCAUAUGAAGCUGUCCCGGACCAAGGAACACAAGUAUGUGUUGGGCCAGAACAGCCCACCCUUCAGCAGCGUCCCUGAAAUCGUCCAUCAUUAUGCCAGCCGCAAGCUGCCCAUUAAGGGGGCGGAACACAUGUCCCUGCUCUACCCAGUGGCCAUCCGGACUCUGUAGAUAUGAGACCAGGGUACUAUGAUAGACCUGGACCCAGCCCUUGUCUCCUGCCCGAGGAUUGUGCUUCUUACCAAGGACGUGAUGUCACCAAACCUGGCUUCCCCCUGUCCUAGGAUCUAGUAGGCGCUGAAGAUUCCUUAAUUUAUUAUUAAAAGGGAGGGAAUCCUGGGCCUUGGAAUAAAGGGGCUGUGUGAGGCCGGGAACAGGAAAGCCUGGGGAGAAGAGGGCUCCCGCACCACCACUCUCCGCCCCCUCCCCUCUCUCCAUCUUCCCAGUCCCUGUCCCCAGAGGGCCAGCCCGGGCUCCCGGCCAGAGGCUCUGCCAGGCAUAGCCGCGGCCGCCGGCGCCGCCCAGGGCCUGACGGGAGGGGGCGGGGAGCCAGCGCAGACUCUUCAUAAAUCCGCGCUGGAGCUGCGGGCCGCCUGCGAAAAGCACUCUUGUCGCAUCCAGUUCGUUCCUUUGACCAAACAUCCAGACGUGGCCCGACGUUCGCGCCGGG